UCAUCACAUUUCCAAUUAUCAUUAUUCUAAAGUAAGUCUCUCAUUUCUUAGUAUACAUAAAUUAUCUCAUAUUCUUAUAACAGCAUUGAAUGGCCACUUUCUUCGUGUUAUUUCUCAUACUACCGAUCCAUUUCAUUGAAUGCAGUAGAUUUGACCCCACAACCCAUCGUGGCUGGCCCUUGAUUAAUGAUAGAAAAUGUGGAAUCCGAACUCAGAUAAAAACAGAUGGUGGAAAGUAUGCAACCAUAGGAGAGUUUCCUUGGCUUGUUGAAUUCAUCUUCACAUUAAAAAAAGGGAAUGUAACAGGUUUCUGCACAGCGACAAUAAUCAGUGAUCAGUUUGUCCUGUUACCAGCAUAUUGCCGAUACAAGGAACCUCACCCAUCAAAAAUAAUUGUUGGUAGUGUGGAUAGGAAUAAGGAUGUAGACUGCGACACAAAAAGUAAUAUCUGUGAGCCGCCAAUGAAAGAGUACGGAGUAGAAAAGUUUUUUCGUUCAAAUGAUGCAUACUCCACAGAUGUCAGUAGUAUUGGUCUGGUGAAAAUUCAAGGCAAAUUCGAAUUCAAUGAUUUCGUUGCUCCUAUUUGCUUGGAGUAUGGAGAGGUCCUCUAUAAAGACUACACUGGCACUAAGGCUGAGUUCGCAGGUUGGAAUAACAACAUAAAUGACCCAGACGUCAAGCCAGACCCUUCUUCGUCUGUGCUCCUAAAGAUGACACUGCUCCAAAACGAGAGCGUUUGCAUAGAUUCGAUCAACUACAUUCUUGGCCCUCGCACUGAUCGGAAAAUUGACAUAGAGUCGUUUGUUUGCGCUGGAGGUAUGCAAGGUCAACACAUUUCCCCAUGGGACACUGGUGGUGUUCUAGCGGUAUCUCAAUUGGUUGCUGGCGAUAUACCUAGAUUCUUCGGUGUGGGAGUCAGAGUAAUGAGUUCUGAAGUGGAUUUCAUUGCUGACGUGUUCACUCGGAUCUCAUACCACCUGCAAUGGAUAAUGGAUACUAUCGCUAAUGAGAGUGUACAACAUCAUAUCAAACAAUAUCUAAGUUGUAAAUGAAGAGCUAUAACAACAUCUCGUAACAUACAAUAACGAACAAUUAAUUGAGAAAUGAAUAAUAAAAUUAAAUUCAUCGAAUUGAAGACUAUUUAUGAAACUUUCUUGACUUCAAACUUCAGUCGUGAGAUUAAAGAGUGUAGUAUU